CAACUUGCCAGCAUUGGCCGCUACCUGACCGCACUUUGCCUUUGUCGCUUGCGCGUGCUCCUUUCUAAAGUACUUAAGUAACCCGGCGGUGAAGCGAAGACCACCCUUCUUGUCCUUAGCAACUCGUCCCCUCCCUCCACCACACCUCACAACAAUACUAAACAUGGCUGCCCGUCCCCAGAACAUCGGUAUCAAGGCCAUUGAGCUGUACUUUCCCAGCCAGUGCGUCGACCAGGCCGAGCUCGAGAAGUUCGAUGGCAUCGCCGCGGGCAAGUACACCAUUGGUCUGGGCCAGACCAAGAUGUCCUUCUGCGACGACCGUGAGGACAUCUACUCGUUCGCCUUGACCACCGUCUCCUCGCUUUUCAAGAAGUACAACAUCGACCCCAAGUCCAUCGGUCGCCUUGAAGUCGGCACUGAGACUCUGCUCGACAAGUCGAAGUCGGUCAAGUCCGUCCUCAUGCAGUUGUUCGAGGAGAGCGGCAACUACAACGUUGAGGGUGUUGAUACAGUGAAUGCGUGCUACGGUGGCACCAACGCUCUGUUCAACUCCGUCAACUGGAUCGAGUCUUCUGCUUGGGAUGGCCGUGACGCCGUCGUUGUCGCUGGCGACAUCGCGCUGUACGCAAAGGGCAACGCCCGUCCCACCGGUGGUGCUGGUUGCGUUGCCAUGCUCAUUGGCCCCGACGCUCCCAUUGUUAUGGAGCCCGGCAAGCGUGGUUCGUACGUCAGGCAUGUAUACGACUUCUACAAGCCCGACUUCACGAGCGAGUACCCCGUUGUCGACGGUCACUUCUCCAUCAAGUGCUACAUCGAGGCUGUAGAUGCCUGCUACAAGGCCUACAACGAGCGUGAGGCAACAUUGAAGUCUCAGCAGAACGGCAACGGUGUCAACGGCCACGCUGAGGAGCAGGAGACCCCUCUCGACCGUUUCGACUACAUGGCUUUCCACGCACCCACCUGCAAGCUCGUGUCCAAAUCGUACGCGCGUCUGCUCUACAACGACUACCUCAAGAACCCCUCCAACCCCAUCUUUGCUGAGGUUCCCGCUGAGAUCAAGGAUAUCUCCUACGAGGCAUCCAUCUCCGACAGGACCAUCGAGAAGACCUUCAUGGCUCUCGCCAAGAAGCGAUUUGCUGCUCGUGUCCAGCCCAGUAUCCAGGUCCCCACUAUGUGCGGAAACAUGUACUGCGGCAGUGUUUAUGCCAGCUUGUGCAGUUUGCUUGCAAAUAUUGACAGCCAGACUGCCCAAGGCAAGCGCAUUGCUCUCUUCAGUUACGGAAGUGGACUCGCUUCCUCUCUGUUCUCCUUCACUAUCAAGGGCAGCUACGAGCAGAUUGCCAGGUCGCUCGACAUCCAGAACCGCCUGGAUGCAAGGCGCGUUGUUGCCCCUGAGCAGUAUGAUGCUUUGUGCGAUCUCCGCAAGCAGGCUCACCUCCAGAAGAGCUACACCCCCAAGGGUGAGACUGACGGUAUCCUGCCUGGCACUUACUACCUCACCAACGUCGACGACAUGUUCCGCCGCACCUACGAGAUCAAGCAGUAGAUACCCUAAGAUCUCUCGCCUUUACUUCUUUCUUUGCUGCAUUCUGGGCAUUUGCAGGAGUCAUUUGCAUGAAUCGGCAUAGACUCUGGUCAGGGUUGCAUCAUUUUAUGGGCGUCCAGAACGUCUGGAGUUUGCUGUAGACCGCAACGACACAUCAAAAUCGGGCGAGGUUGGGUUGCCUUACGAUCGUUAUGAUGGAUGGGACGGAACGAAUAAGCAAGAAACGACAUGUUUGGGUGUCGACAUCUUUAUGACAGUUCAAAAGAGCUUAGCCAUUUUAAUAUACACUUCUCGCGAAGUCUUGUUGUAGAUAGACGAAUACGAAAG